GUAAUAACAUUUUAUUUGAAAUAUGACAAAGUUUCAGUAAGUCAAAUUUCUGAUUGGUAGAGAUUGUUCCUUUCUUCUAAAAAAGAACGAUGCAAAUUAGUGUUGAUUUUGGACUACAUUCUUAAUUUGAAUAGUGUUAUCAUCCACAGAGUAAAAUAUUAAUCCAUUUAACAGAAUGGAGAUGGCAGAAAGAACUGAGGAAAGCCCAUCCGGAAGCAGCUGGUGGGGCUCCUUUAUUGACACAGCGAAAUCCAAGAGUGCAUCUGUUUUGGAGGCUGUAAAAAAGGAUCUGGAUGAACUAUCGACAGCUGUUCGCACUGAAGCAUCCAAUGCUGGUGCAGCAAUUGCUGGAACACUGAAGCUCGACGAACCUGAUUCUACAGCCAACACAGUGAAGAAAAGUUUGAGUUCAUUCUUGGGUCAAGUCUCUGAAGUCCUAAUUCCCAGUAUUGAAGAUGAUGAAACUGAAGCUGUAUUGAUAACUAACAACGGCACCGUGACACUCACAGGAUUCCAGAAGCAUUUAGCAGAAUUGCAAGCCAAUGAGGACACAUAUGUGACUGAACCGAGUGAUGAUCUGGUAGAGAAGUACCAGAGAUGGCUUCAAGUUGUGGAACAAGAUCAAUUUACAGAACAGCGAUUGGCAAAGCAUUUGACUAGUAGUCAAAUUCUUAACGAAAAGUAUCUUUCCUUAGUGCCUGACAGUGUACCACAUAUGGAAUUUUGGAAGCGAUAUCUCUUCCGACGAGCUCUCCUUGAAGAUGCCCUGGCCAAUGCCGAGAAGGCCGAGCGACGUGCAAAACAAGAACAGACCACUGAAGAUACUGUCUCACCCGAUAUCACGGUUAUUCAAACGGAACAACCGAAGAAGUCGUCAGAAAUUGACCAAAUUCCUGAAAACAAGCCAUCUCCUGAAUCUGGUAUUGUGCUCAAGGAGGACCUCAAAUGGGAAAAUGAAGAAUUUGAAUGUGAUGUUGAGUUGUCUGAAGAAGAGCAAGCUCGUCUCUUGGCAGAAUACGAGGCUGAAAUACAAGAACGCGAAAAAAGGAAGUCCCUGAUCGAAGGAAAGUCUAAGUCCCAAAAUAAUAAAAAUGAAAAUAAAUCAAAAACUCCUGCAGCGAAAACAUCCACGACACCGGCCAAAGGACAAAAGGUAACACCUCAGAAGACGACAUCUCAGAAAGCAACGGUGUCACCAAAGACUUCAGGUAACAAGAAAGCGGGUACGCCAGAGAAUAAGAAACAGCCACAGAAAGCUACCACGGAUACCACCAGUAGUUCUUCAGAUAAGGCAAAUGAUAAAUUGAAUGUGGAGAAAAAUCACUUUCCCAAGGAGGACGCUUCUUCGAAUUCAGACGAGAGUUGGGAAAAGGAGUUUGACUUGGAGGAGCAGUAGAGAUAGUAGACAAUUCUAUUCCGCUCAUCUUAUAAAAAAAAGAUACAAUUUGUUUUAACUAACAACUUCUCAUUCUAUUGUUUUCGUAAAAAUUAUUAGCCCUCUUUGCCUGAAGAAGCCUACUGAGUGCGAAUAUGGGAAUGAUCACGUUGAGAUGUGCGAGUAUAAACCUUUAAUCUGAAAAGUUAUAUUGCAUCCCUUAAUAUACACAAAUACCUAUACAUUAUUAUAAAACGAAAUCUUUUUAUUGAACUUUUAGGUUAAUAACUAACACCUUAUGUUAUAAACUGAACACACUGCAAGUGUGAUAUGUAACAAUAUUAUUAAAAUAAAUUUUACAAUGAA